ACACACACACACACACGCUCGAGGGCGCGCACAAACACACACACGCGCGCACACACGGUGGCAGGGCACGAUGGGGCGCUCGCGCCAGCACUUUUAUCCGUUUGUGUGUGCAGCUGCGGGUGACAUGGUUCGACGCAGGACCCGCAGUGGAACCGUUCCGCGCUUCUGACGCGUUCUUACACUCGGAGUUCGGCGGAAAGGCGGUUUGGGUCGCAGUUGUGUAACGUGACAGCAGGAAACGACACCCGAGACGCGAGAUGUUUACCCUAACUGAAGUGGCCUCGCUUAAUGACAUCCAGCCAACAUAUCGAAUACUGAAGCCAUGGUGGGAUGUCUUCAUGGAUUACCUCGGUUUCGUCAUGUUGAUGAUAGCCAUCUUUGCUGGGACGAUGCAGUUAACCAAAGAUCACGUGGCAUGUCUUCCCAUUCUAGAGCAGAGUAAUAAGACAUCAAACACAAACUCGUACACGACACCUAGCCCAGUGGAGACCUCCACGUCAUCUUUAGGAACUGUCCCCGUAGCCACUCGGGAUCUUCCAGACAGCGCAGUGCACGAAAUCAGCGUCACUGCUGAGCCUCAACCCAAAGGACGCAGAACAAACUUGGACUUUCAGCAGUACAUUUUUGUCAACCAGAUGUGUUACCAUGUUGCCUUGCCCUGGUACUCUAAGUACCUCCCUUACCUUGUCCUGAUACACACCAUCGUGUUAAUGGUAAGCAGCAAUUUUUGGUUCAAAUACCCAAAGACCAGCUCAAAGAUCGAGCACUUUGUGUCCAUCCUUGGCAGGUGUUUCGAAUCACCCUGGACUACAAAGGCAUUGUCCGAAACUGCAUGCGAAGACUCUGAAGAAAACAAACAGAGACUCAUUGCUGGUCAGUCUGGUUCUAAGCAGCUGUCCUCAGAUAGCCGAGACGAGCGUGCCGAUUCAUCCCAGCCUAUAUUAGGAAACAACAGCGUGAAGUUCUCAGCUGAGAAGAUCAUUCCUGAAGGUCCAAGUAUGACCAUUUUGGACAAAAAAGAUGGUGAGCAAGCAAAGGCUCUUUUCGAGAAGGUUCGGACUUUCCGAGCUCAUGUUGAGGACAGUGAGUUCAUCUACAACCUCUAUGUGACGCAGACAAUCAUCAAAGCGCUCAAGUUAAUCGUUAUCCUGGGUUACACAUCAACAUUUGCUGCAGACAUCAAAUUUUCUCAUAUAUGUGAACCCAAAAUCGAGCACUUAACCGGGUAUGAUCGAUUCUUCUGCACCCACAAUAUGGCCUUCAUGCUGAGGAAGCUCCUUUUUACAUUCAUGGCUAUAAUUGGCCUUUAUUGCCUCAUGUGCCUUUAUGCACUUUUCUGGCUGUUUCGACGUCCACUCAAGGAAUACUCAUUUGAAAAAGUCAGAGAGGAAAGCAGCUUCAGUGAUAUUCCUGAUGUCAAAAAUGACUUUGCAUUCCUCCUCCAUAUGGUCGACCAGUAUGACCAGUUACAUUCCAAACGAUUUGGCAUUUUCCUAUCAGAGGUCAGUGAGAACAAACUUCGAGAAAUUAGCCUUAAUCACGAAUGGACUCUGGAGAAACUGCGUCAGCAUGUAAUCAGCAACGCCCAAGACAAGCAGGAGCUGCACUUGUUCAUGCUCUCGGGACUGCCCAAUGCUGUAUUCGAUCUCACUGAGCUUGAAAUUCUGAAGCUAGAACUCAUCCCCGAGGUCCGGAUUUCAGCCAAGAUUUCCCAGAUGACCAAUUUACAGGAACUCCAUCUCUAUAACUGUCCUGCCAAGGUGGAACAAACAGGUUUCACUUUCCUCCGAGAUCACCUUCGGUGCCUUCACGUGAAGUUUACCGAUAUCGCAGAAAUCCCUCCAUGGGUUUAUCUGUUGAGGAGCCUCAGGGAACUGUACCUGAUUGGUAGCUUAAACUCAGAACACAACAAAAUGAUUGGUUUGGAAUCUCUGAAAGACUUAAGGCACCUAAAGACAUUAUAUCUCAAAAGCAACCUCAACAAAUUACCCACCAACCUCACGGAUCUCUCUCCACACCUCGUCAAGCUGGUUGUGCACAACGAUGGGACCAAACUGCAGAUGCUGAACAGUCUUAAGAAGAUGACAAGUUUGCGCGAGUUGGAGCUCCAUCACUGUGACCUGGAGAGGAUCCCUCAUGCUAUUUUCAGCUUGACAAACCUGCAAGACUUGGAUUUGAAAUCCAACAGCUUCCGGACCAUCGAAGAGGUCAUCAGCUUUCAGCACCUGAAGAGACUGACGUGCCUCAAGUUGUGGCACAACAAGAUCGUCAAUAUUCCGCCAAACAUAAAUCAGGUGAAGAACCUUGAGUCACUCUACCUCUCCUACAACAAACUGGAGACUCUACCAGCUGCUCUGUUUUACCUGCCAAAACUCAGGUACCUGGAUCUCGGCCACAACUCCAUUUUGUUGAUUCCAGGCGACGUGGGAUUUCUCCAGAAUCUACAGCACUUUGAUAUCACAGGGAAUAAGGUGGAGGUUCUUCCCAAACAGCUGUUCAGAUGUACCAAACUGAAAGUCCUCUGCGUAGGGAACAACAGCAUCACCAUCCUUCCUGAAUCCAUCGGACAGUUAACGCAAUUAGUUCAACUCGAUGUGAAAGGGAACUGCUUGGAUCACCUUCCGUACCAACUUAGUCAAUGUCAACAUCUUAAUAAAAGCUUAUUCAUUGUGGAGGAUCACCUUUUUGACACACUUCCCCUUGAGGUAAAAGAGAGUAUGACAGAGGUGCCAACAUUUACAGUUUAGCUAUAGAAUUUGCAAUUUUUGAUCCCUUGUUACUGUGUUAAGGGAGACACCUGAAAACUACACUUUUCUGUUUUUUCAGCUAAAGCAGUGUUCAGAGUGAAAGCAUUUAAAUUCACGAGGCAGAAAAGCUAAUUCACUGAAGGGGAAAGGACACAUGAUGUAAAAGAAGCAUAUUUGCUUCUGGUUACUAAUUCCAUGCCGACUUUUAUAUAGAACCCUGGUUUUGUUAGCCAAUAGAAAAUAAGUGGAAGGGACUGUGGUUUUAUUUGUUUGUUUAAAAAAAAUGGUGGCUUGGCACAUAUCUGAAAGAAAAAAAAUAGCCGUCUCAUCCCCCACCAUCCGCCAGGGUUUUUUUUUUUUUUUUUUAGCAAUGUUGGCAUCUCUGAUAUGAGUACAGAUAAUAGCAUGUCCUUUAUCAGUGUAUAAUUGUUAAGCACUUGGAAAAUAUCAACGUUGAUGAUAAAUGAGAUCCAGAUCCCUCAUUUUGUAUGGAUUUUGUACUUUUGGACUUCAAGGAAAUAUGCUGAUGCAAAAUUUUUGUAUCAAUCUAACUUUUGCUGUUUAGGAUUACCUAUGGUCACAUUUGGUGAUUAUUAUUUUCCCCCCCAUUUUGGUCACCUGUCAAUUACCAGGUGCUUCCUCAGAGGUACGUGAAGCCAGCUAACCACAUAUUAACGAUCUUUUGCUGCAUCACAGAGCAGCGUAACACUCAGCAGAAAGUGCUAUUCACCCUCUUCUGCAUACCUGAGCUCAGAGACCCCCGUGACUCCUAGUGUCACUGUGAUUGACAGGAGAGAGAGACCAUGCCGAUCUUGCUCCCUUGACUACCUGUCAUGGAUGGCUGUGGCAUUGUUGGGAUUUGAAAUUGUAAUCGUCUGACAAUAGGGUGGACCUGUUUUCUGUUACACCACAUGAGUUUCUAUCAGGUGACAUUUUAAAAUUAAACAAAUCUCGCCAGUG